UUUCCAACGUUCCACCUUCCUUUCCCUCUCUAUCUUCACACAACCUCUACCUCUCCGCUCUCAUGUAAAAAACCAUAACUAAAACUUGUAAUUUUAUCACUGUUUUAAUCACACGUAAUCAAUAUAUAUAUAUAAUACCACAUAUAUGCCAAAGAGGGAUGUCCGGCGUAGAGUUCCGGAGAACGGUGGCCGGAAGAUCAGGCCACCAUACCCAUCUCCAUCUCCAAGUAGACCGACCCCAUCACCAUGGCGAUCGGUGAAGCACUCCAAGCCUGUAAAGUUUUUGAAGCGAUGUGGUCCUCAGAGCCCAUGAUGGUGUGGGGGAGCCGUGCUGAAGAUAGUGUUGAUCAGCAGAAAAAGAGGAGCAGCAUCUUACUGUACGAGGGUGAUGGUGGUGUUUUGUUUAGGCCUCAUACUUGUACAGAUGUUCUUGCUUCUUCUCCUUCUUUGAUCGUGCCCACUAAUUUCUCUCCUCGCUCCAGUCUUGAUCAGGGAUACAAGAAGGAUGCAGAAGUAGUGAUUACUGUAACAGUUGAAGGGAGUCCAGGGCCUGUUAGGACCAUGGUUAAAUUGGGAUCUAAUGUAGAGGACACAUUUAAGCUUGUGGUAGACAAGUACAGUGAAGAAGGGCGAACCCCAAAACUUGAUAAGAAUGCAGCAUCAACAUGUGAAUUGCAUCAUUCCUAUUUCAGCCUUCGAAGUUUAGAUAAAUCAGAAAUGGUUGGGGAUGUCGGUAGCAGAAGCUUCUAUCUCAGAAGCAGCAGCCGCAAUCGUAGAAGUAAUGGAGGCUCAGCUUCUUCCAUUACAGAAACAGUUUCUGGGAGAGCUAACCCACCACCACCACCACCAAUUCCAUGCCCUCUAUUCUUACUUCCGGAAUUCUUUGCUAGCAAAUUUGGCAAAAUUGUGAGAAGGACGCUUCAGCUUUGGAAGGUCUUGGUUAGCUGGAAAUGACACCAAGAUCCUGUCUUUGUUAGAGUUCAAUAGCAUCACAUUAUUUACUUGGCUCUAACAUAAAUCAAGAUACCUUUUUUUCAUCUUUUUAUCCUUAUUUUAUUUUCUUACAAAUUCUUUUUG